CAAGUUGCAUAGGACUUAGGUUAUCCGCUAUGCUUAUAACCGGAGUGUUCUCCGAUUGGGAAACGCCCGUCACUAAUCUCUCGGUCCUGUACUUUUGAAGCCGGAGCAAAUCAUCGUCAACAUACUCCUCCGCUCGAGAGGGGAAAGCGCUGAGGGCGUCUCCUUUUCACUAUCGUUCUCGAGAGAUCGAAGAUGCUCUUCUUCUCGUAUUUCAAGGAGCUGGUGGGGAAGGAAGUGACGGUGGAGUUGAAGAACGACAUCGCCAUCCGAGGCAUCCUCCAUUCCGUAGAUCAGUACCUCAAUAUAAAGCUCGAGAACAGUAGGGUCGUCGAUCAAGACAAGUAUCCCCACUUGUUGUCGGUAAGAAACUGUUUUAUCAGGGGAUCGGUGGUGAGAUAUGUUCAACUCCCUCCUGAUGGAGUCGACAUUGAUAUUCUUCAUGAUGCAACAAGGAGAGAAGCCCGUGGUGGUUGAUAGUCCAAGCUCGAACUCGCCUUUUGUUAUCAGGGGAUCAGCGGUGAGAUAUGUUCGACUCCCCCUCGAUGGAGUGGACACUGAUACUCCUGUUAACGCUAUAAGGAGAGAAGCGUGUGGUGGUUGAUAGGGUGUAGUUUCUUUUGAGGUUUUUGAUGCUUGUUAUCAAUGCUUGCAGCAAGAUAUCUAUGUUACCUUUAAACACCUUUUAAACACCUACAUUUUUCUUGCGUUGUUCUUGGUCCUUGGGAUUGCAGAAAUUUAUUCAGUCCUUAAUAGCUCAAAUAUUAUGCUUGUUUGAUA